GGCAAUCUAAGUUAGCUUUAGUAUAUAUGUAGGACACAGGUCCUUCUCUAAACAGUCCAAAUCAACCUAGAAGCAUAGCUACCUAUCCUGAGUCCCUAAAAUGUCCGAAUUUAGUCUUCCGCUCUCUAACAAAGUUGCCAUCGUGACCGGAGCAUCUAGGGGUAUCGGGAAAGGAAUCGCAGUGGAGCUCGCGCGCCGAGGAGCAACAGUAGUUUUGACCUACGUGUCUCAAGGCAGCGAGGUCCUCGUGAAGGAAGUUUGCCGAACUAUUGAAUCUUUUCCGCACAAGCCUCGCACUCACGCUUGUCGAGUCGACCUUAGUACCCUUGAAGGCCCCCAAAUCCUUAUUAGCGACCUUCUCGUAUGGAGCGAACGAAAUCUCGCGAUCGACAUACUCGUUAAUAAUGCCGGUGUGGAAAAUGUGGCCACCCUAGCUGAGCUAACCGUUGACGAUUACAAUGCCGUCUACAACUUGAAUGUGCGCGGUCCAUUGCUCUUGACUCAGGCUGUUCUACCUUAUCUGAAUAGCCACGGACGUAUUAUCAACAUCGGUUCCGUCGCCUCAAGAGGCGGCUUCAAGAAAUUUUGCCUCUACGGUUCUUCGAAGGCGGCACUGGAGGGUUUGACUCGGACAUGGGCCCACGAGUUAGGUGGUAAUGGAACAACGGUCAACUGUGUAAAUCCGGGACCCGUCGAGAGCGACAUGCUAGACAAUAUCCCAAAAGAUCUCGUGGAACUCCAGAAGACUCUGACGGCGGUCGAAAACAGAAUAGGAACAGUUCCUGAAGUUGCAAACAUAGUUGCGAGUUUGGCCGGCAAGGAUGGCGAUUGGAUUACAGGCCAAACAAUCUGCGCCUCCGGAGGCUAUGCCAUGUAUUAGAUUUACCAGUCGGACAUUACGAAUUCCUCACGAGGACAGCUUGGCUGCUCCGUAUAACCUCUUAGGCACUCGGAAUACAUGAUUAUCUGAUCUUGCCGUUGAUGAAUCGGUGAUAUGGGUUUGGGAGGAAUCGCUUUUGAACUAGACAGGGAUCUCUUGUCCACUACAUACCGCUUCCUCAUUCAUUUAGCUUAUCAUGGUUGGGGAUGCGGGCGUUAUUCUGUCAUCCAUCACUUUGUCGAUUUGAAAUACACUGCUUGUCACCUAACCUAUAUUGUCUUGCUGACAAAUGCCCUGCGUGAGAUUUCUCGUGUUGCUUAUCAAUUAAGGGGUUAGCAUACGACAGUUCCAUCGUCUUAACACACAAGCAAGACAUCAAUUAAUAAUGACUUGAGAACUCCAAGUCGAGGCUGUAUCGGAAUAUAAAGGACCGAGAGGAUCGAAAAGAAUCUUGGAAUUAUAUUGAUACGUGAUAUUUAUUUUUCUCAUCUUAUCAUCUUAUCCAACACCAUCGAAUUCGAACGCAGCAAA